CCGCUUAACUAGGAUAGAGACUCAUUUUUCAGCCACCCGUAACGGUGGUCAUUUCUUCAGAAUGUACCUAGUUAAUUAUUUUUUAAUUUUUAUAUUGGUCCACAAUAUACACUCCGGUCAAUGUGCAGCUGUGAAACGUUCUACGCCAGGAGGUUCCGUCAUCGAAGAGACUAUCCAAUACUGUAAAUGCACCAUAUACAACGAUGGUAGUGAUAAACCUACUGAGUGCUUGGUAGACGAAUCAAAAAUAGAAAAUUCUUAUACUGAAGAAAUGUUACAUAAUAUGAAGGAGUUUUGCAAGGCUCUUACUCCUACUAUAUUAAAACCAAUAGUUGAAGCACACAAGCACAAACCAAAAAUUGAGCCAGAACCAACGUCAGAACCAAAGAUGCCUCCAACGAAUGAACCAAAGGAGCCUCCAACGAAUGAACCAAAGAUUCCUCCAACGAAUGAACCAAAGGUGCCUGCAACGUCAGAACUAAAUGUGUCUGCAACUUCAGAACUAAAUGUGCCUCCAACGAAUAAAUCAAAGGUGCCUCUAACGAAUGAACAAAAGGUGCCUCCAACGAAUGAACCAAAGGUGCCUGCAAUGAAUGAACCAAAGGUGCCUCCAAAGAAUGAACCAAUGGUGCCUCCAAAGAAUGAACUAAAUGUGCCUCCAACGAAUGAACCAAAGGUGCCUGCAAUGAAUGAACCAAAGGUGCCUCCAAAGAAUGAACCAAUGGUGCCUCCAAAGAAUGAACUAAAUGUUCCUCCAACCAAUGAACCAAAGGUGCCUCCAACGAAUGAACCAAAGGUGCCUCCAAAGAAUGAACUAAAUGUGCCUCUCACGAAUGAAUCAAAAGUGCCUCCAAAGAAUGAACCAAAGGUUCCUCCAACGAAUGAACCAAAGGUGCCUCCGACGUCAGAACUAAAUGUGCCUCCAACGUCGGAACUAAAUGUUCCUCCAACCAAUGAACCAAAGGUGCCUCCAACGAAUGAACCAAAGGUGCCUCCAAAGAAUGAACUAAAUGUGCCUCUCACGAAUGAAUCAAAGGUGCCUCCAACGAAUGAACCAAAGGUUCCUCCAACGAAUGAACCAAAGGUGCCUGCAACUUCAGAACUAAAUGUGCCUCCAACGAAUAAAUCAAAGGUGCCUCCAACGAAUGAACCACAGGUGCCUCCAACAAAUGAACCAAAGGUGCCUCCAACGAAUGAACCAAAGGUGCCUGCAAUGAAUGAACCAAAGGUUUCUCCAAAGAAUAAACCAAUGGUGCCUCCAAAGAAUGAACUAAAUGUGCCUCCAACGAAUGAACCAAAGGUGCCUGCAAUGAAUGAACCAAAGGUGCCUCUAACGAAUGAACCAAAGGAGCCUCCAACGAAUGAACCAAAGGAGCCUCCAACAAGUGAACCGAAAGUGCCUCCAACAAAUAAACCAAAGGUGCCUCCAACAAAUGAACCAAAGGUGCCUCCAACGAAUGAACCAAAGGUGCCUCCAACGUCGGAACUAAAUGUGCCUGCAACGUCAGAACUAAAUGUUCCUCCAACCAAUGAACCAAAGGUGCCUCCAAAGAAUGAACCAAAGGUGCCUCCAACAAAUGAACCAAAGGUGCCUCCUACAAAUGAACCAAAGGUGCCUCCAACGAAUGAACCAAAGGCGCCUCCAACGUCGGAACUUAAUGUGCCUGCAACGUCAGAACUAAAUGUUCCUCCAACCAAUGAACCAAAGGUGCCUCCAAAGAAUGAACUAAAUGUGCCUCCAACGAAUGAACCAAAGGUGCCUGCAAUGAAUGAACCAAAGGUGCCUCCAAAGAAUGAACCAAUGGUGCCUCCAAAGAAUGAACUAAAUGUGCCUGCAACUUCAGAACUAAAUGUGACUCCAACAAAUAAAUCAAAGGUGCCUCCAACGAAUGAAUCAAAGGUGCCUCUAACGAAUGAACCAAAGGAGCCUCCAACGAAUGAACCAAAGGUGCCUCCAACAAAUGAACCAAAGGUGCCUCUAACGAAUGAACCAAAGAAGCCUCCAACGAAUGAACCAAAGGAGCCUCCAACAAGUGAACCGAAAGUGCCUCCAACAAAUAAACCAAAGGUGCCUCCAACAAAUGAACCAAAGGUGCCUCCAACGAAUGAACCAAAGGUGCCUCCAACGAAUGAACCAAAGGUGCCUCCAACGAAUGAACCAAAGGUUCCUCCAAUGAAUGAACCAAAGAUUCCUCCAACGAAUGAACUAAAGGUGCCUCCAAUAAACGAACCGAAGGUGCCUGCAACGUCAGAACUAAAUGUGCCUGCUACUUCAGAACUAAAUGUGCCUCCAACGAAUAAAUCAAAGGUUCCUCCAAUGAAUGAACCAAAGAUUCCUCUAACGAAUGAACCAAAGGUGCCUCCAACGAAUGAACCAAAGGUGCCAUCAACGUCAGAACUAAAUGUGCCUCCAACGUCAGAACUGAAUGUGCCUACAACGAAUGAACCAAAGGUGCCUCCAACGAAUGAACCAAAGGUGCCUCCAACGAAUGAACCAAAGGUGCCUGUAAUGAAUGAACCCAAGGUACCUCCAACGUUAGAACUAAAUGUGCCUCCAACGAAUGAACCAAAGGUGCCUCUAACGAAUGAACCAAAGGUACCUCCAACGUCAGAACCGAAUGUGCCUCCAAUAAACGAACCGAAGGUGCCUGCAACGUCAGAACUAAAUGUGCCUGCUACUUCAGAACUAAAUGUGCCUCCAACGAAUGAACCAAAGGUGCCUCCAACGUCGGAACUAAAUGUGCCUGCAACUUCAGAACUGAAUGUGCCUACAACGAAUGAACCAAAGGUGCCUGCAACGAAUGAACCAAAGGUGCCUCCAACGAAUGAACCAAAGGUGCCUCCAACAAAUGAACCAAAGGUGCCUCCAACGAAUGAACCAAAGGCGCCUCCAACGUCGGAACUUAAUGUGCCUGCAACGUCAGAACUAAAUGUUCCUCCAACCAAUGAACCAAAGGUGCCUGCAAUGAAUGAACCAAAGGUUUCUCCAAAGAAUAAACCAAUGGUGCCUCCAAAGAAUGAACUAAAUGUGCCUCCAACGAAUGAACCAAAGGUGCCUGCAAUGAAUGAACCAAAGGUGCCUCUAACGAAUGAACCAAAGGAGCCUCCAACGAAUGAACCAAAGGAGCCUCCAACAAGUGAACCGAAAGUGCCUCCAACAAAUAAACCAAAGGUGCCUCCAACAAAUGAACCAAAGGUGCCUCCAACGAAUGAACCAAAGGUGCCUCCAACGUCGGAACUAAAUGUGCCUGCAACGUCAGAACUAAAUGUUCCUCCAACCAAUGAACCAAAGGUGCCUCCAAAGAAUGAACCAAAGGUGCCUCCAACAAAUGAACCAAAGGUGCCUCCUACAAAUGAACCAAAGGUGCCUCCAACGAAUGAACCAAAGGCGCCUCCAACGUCGGAACUUAAUGUGCCUGCAACGUCAGAACUAAAUGUUCCUCCAACCAAUGAACCAAAGGUGCCUCCAAAGAAUGAACUAAAUGUGCCUCCAACGAAUGAACCAAAGGUGCCUGCAAUGAAUGAACCAAAGGUGCCUCCAAAGAAUGAACCAAUGGUGCCUCCAAAGAAUGAACUAAAUGUGCCUGCAACUUCAGAACUAAAUGUGACUCCAACAAAUAAAUCAAAGGUGCCUCCAACGAAUGAAUCAAAGGUGCCUCUAACGAAUGAACCAAAGGAGCCUCCAACGAAUGAACCAAAGGUGCCUCCAACGAAUGAACCAAAGGUGCCUCUAACGAAUGAACCAAAGAAGCCUCCAACGAAUGAACCAAAGGAGCCUCCAACAAGUGAACCGAAAGUGCCUCCAACAAAUAAACCAAAGGUGCCUCCAACAAAUGAACCAAAGGUGCCUCCAACGAAUGAACCAAAGGUGCCUGCAAUGAAUGAACCAAAGGUGCCUCCAACAAAUGAACUAAAGGUGCCUCCAACGAAUGAACCAAAGGUGCCUCCAACGAAUGAACCAAAGGUUCCUCCAAUGAAUGAACCAAAGAUUCCUCCAACGAAUGAACUAAAGGUGCCUCCAAUAAACGAACCGAAGGUGCCUGCAACGUCAGAACUAAAUGUGCCUGCUACUUCAGAACUAAAUGUGCCUCCAACGAAUAAAUCAAAGGUUCCUCCAAUGAAUGAACCAAAGAUUCCUCUAACGAAUGAACCAAAGGUGCCUCCAACGAAUGAACCAAAGGUGCCUUCAACGUCAGAACUAAAUGUGCCUCCAACGUCAGAACUGAAUGUGCCUACAACGAAUGAACCAAAGGUGCCUCCAACGAAUGAACCAAAGGUGCCUCCAACGAAUGAACCAAAGGUGCCUGUAAUGAAUGAACCCAAGGUACCUCCAACGUUAGAACUAAAUGUGCCUCCAACGAAUGAACCAAAGGUGCCUCUAACGAAUGAACCAAAGGUACCUCCAACGUCAGAACCGAAUGUGCCUCCAAUAAACGAACCGAAGGUACCUGCAACGUCAGAACUAAAUGUGCCUGCUACUUCAGAACUAAAUGUGCCUCCAACGAAUGAACCAAAGGUGCCUCCAACGUCGGAACUAAAUGUGCCUGCAACUUCAGAACUGAAUGUGCCUACAACGAAUGAACCAAAGGUGCCUGCAACGAAUGAACCAAAGGUGCCUCCAACAAAUGAACCAAAGGUGCCUCCAACAAAUGAACCAAAGGUGCCUCCAACGAAUGAACCAAAGGUGCCUCCAACAAAUGAACCAAAGGUGCCUCCAACAAAUGAACCAAAUGUGCCUGCAACGAAUGAACCAGAGGGGCCUGAAACGAUUGAUCCAAAGGUGCCUGCAAUGAAUGAACCUAAGGUACCUCCAACAUCGGAACUUAAUGUGCCUGCACCGUCAGAACUAAAUGUGCCUCCAACGAAUGAACCAAAGGUGCCUGCAAUGAAUGAACCAAAGGUGCCUCCAAAGAAUGAACCAAAGGUUCCUCCAACGAAUGAACCAAAGGUGCCUCCAACGAAUGAACCAAAGGUGCCUUCAACGUCAGAACUGAAUGUGCCUCCAACGUUAGAACUAAAUGUGCCUCCAACGAAUGAACCAAAGGUGCCUCUAACGAAUGAACCAAAGGUACCUCCAACGUCAGAACCGAAUGUGCCUCCAAUAAACGAACCGAAGGUGCCUGCAACGUCAGAACUAAAUGUGCCUGCUACUUCAGAACUAAAUGUGCCUCCAACGAAUGAACCAAAGGUGCCUCCAACGUCGGAACUAAAUGUGCCUGCAACUUCAGAACUGAAUGUGCCUACAACGAAUGAACCAAAGGUGCCUGCAACGAAUGAACCAAAGGUGCCUCCAACAAAUGAACCAAAGGUGCCUCCAACAAAUGAACCAAAGGUGCCUCCAACGAAUGAACCAAAGGUGCCUCCAACAAAUGAACCAAAGGUGCCUCCAACAAAUGAACCAAAUGUGCCUGCAACGAAUGAACCAGAGGGGCCUGAAACGAUUGAUCCAAAGGUGCCUGCCAUGAAUGAACCUAAGGUACCUCCAACAUCGGAACUUAAUGUGCCUGCACCGUCAGAACUAAAUGUGCCUCCAACGAAUGAACCAAAGGUGCCUCCAACGAAUGAACCAAAGGUUCCUCCAAUGAAUGAACCAAAGAUUCCUCCAACGAAUGAACUAAAGGUGCCUCCAAUAAACGAACCGAAGGUGCCUGCAACGUCAGAACUAAAUGUGCCUGCUACUUCAGAACUAAAUGUGCCUCCAACGAAUAAAUCAAAGGUUCCUCCAAUGAAUGAACCAAAGAUUCCUCUAACGAAUGAACCAAAGGUGCCUCCAACGAAUGAACCAAAGGUGCCUUCAACGUCAGAACUAAAUGUGCCUCCAACGUCAGAACUGAAUGUGCCUACAACGAAUGAACCAAAGGUGCCUCCAACGAAUGAACCAAAGGUGCCUCCAACGAAUGAACCAAAGGUGCCUGUAAUGAAUGAACCUAAGGUACCUCCAACGUUAGAACUAAAUGUGCCUGCUACUUCAGAACUAAAUGUGCCUCCAACGAAUGAACCAAAGGUGCCUCCAACGUCGGAACUAAAUGUGCCUGCAACUUCAGAACUGAAUGUGCCUACAACGAAUGAACCAAAGGUGCCUGCAACGAAUGAACCAAAGGUGCCUCCAACAAAUGAACCAAAGGUGCCUCCAACAAAUGAACCAAAGGUGCCUCCAACGAAUGAACCAAAGGUGCCUCCAACAAAUGAACCAAAGGUGCCUCCAACAAAUGAACCAAAUGUGCCUGCAACGAAUGAACCAGAGGGGCCUGAAACGAUUGAUCCAAAGGUGCCUGCAAUGAAUGAACCUAAGGUACCUCCAACAUCGGAACUUAAUGUGCCUGCACCGUCAGAACUAAAUGUGCCUCCAACGAAUGAACCAAAGGUGCCUGCAAUGAAUGAACCAAAGGUGCCUCCAAAGAAUGAACCAAAGGUGCCUCCAAAGAAUGAACUAAAUGUGCCUGCAACGAAUGAACCAAAGAUUCCUCCAACGAAUGAACUAAAGGUGCCUCCAACGAAUGAACCAAAGGUGCCUGUAAUGAAUGAACCAAAGAUUCCUCUAACGAAUGAACCAAAGGUGCCUCCAACGAAUGAACCAAAGGUGCCUUCAACGUCAGAACUAAAUGUGCCUCCAACGUCAGAACUGAAUGUGCCUCCAACGUUAGAACUAAAUGUGCCUCCAACGAAUGAACCAAAGGUGCCUCUAACGAAUGAACCAAAGGUACCUCCAACGUCAGAACCGAAUGUGCCUCCAAUAAACGAACCGAAGGUGCCUGCAACGUCAGAACUAAAUGUGCCUGCUACUUCAGAACUAAAUGUGCCUCCAACGAAUGAACCAAAGGUGCCUCCAACGUCGGAACUAAAUGUGCCUGCAACUUCAGAACUGAAUGUGCCUACAACGAAUGAACCAAAGGUGCCUGCAACGAAUGAACCAAAGGUGCCUCCAACAAAUGAACCAAAGGUGCCUCCAACAAAUGAACCAAAGGUGCCUCCAACGAAUGAACCAAAGGUGCCUCCAACAAAUGAACCAAAGGUGCCUCCAACAAAUGAACCAAAUGUGCCUGCAACGAAUGAACCAGAGGGGCCUGAAACGAUUGAUCCAAAGGUGCCUGCAAUGAAUGAACCUAAGGUACCUCCAACAUCGGAACUUAAUGUGCCUGCACCGUCAGAACUAAAUGUGCCUCCAACGAAUGAACCAAAGGUGCCUGCAAUGAAUGAACCAAAGGUGCCUCCAAAGAAUGAACCAAAGGUUCCUCCAACGAAUGAACCAAAGGUGCCUCCAACGUCGGAACUAAAUGUGCCUGCAACGUCAGAACUAAAUGUUCCUCCAACCAAUGAACCAAAGGUGCCUCCAACGAAUGAACCAAAGGUUCCUCCAACGAAUGAACCAAACGUGCCUCCAACGUCGGAACUAAAUGUGCCUGCAACGUCAGAACUAAAUGUUCCUCCAACCAAUGAACCAAAGGUGCCUCCAAAGAAUGAACCAAAGGUUCCUCCAACGUCAGAACUAAAUGUUCCUCCAACCAAUGAACCAGAGGUGCCUCCAAAGAAUGAACUAAAUGUGCCUGCAACGAAUGAACCAAAGAUUCCUCCAACGAAUGAACCAAAGGCGCCUCCAACGAAUGAACCAAAGGUGCCUCCAAAGAAUGAACUAAAUGUGCCUCCAACGAAUGAACCAAAGGUUCCUCCAACGAAUGAACCAAAGGUGCCUCCAACGUCGGAACUAAAUGUGCCUGCAACGUCAGAACUAAAUGUUCCUCCAACCAAUGAACCAAAGGUGCCUCCAACCAAUGAACCAAAGAUUCCUCCAACGAAUGAACCAAAGGUUCCUCCAACGAAUGAACCAAAGGUGCCUCCAACGUCGGAACUAAAUGUGCCUGCAACGUCAGAACUAAAUGUUCCUCCAACCAAUGAACCAAAGGUGCCUCCAAAGAAUGAACCAAAGGUUCCUCCAACGAAUGAACCAAAGGUGCCUCCAACGUCGGAACUAAAUGUGCCUGCAACGUCAGAACUAAAUGUUCCUCCAACCAAUGAACCAGAGGUGCCUCCAAAGAAUGAACUAAAUGUGCCUGCAACGAAUGAACCAAAGAUUCCUCCAACGAAUGAACUAAAGGUGCCUCCAACGUCGGAACUAAAUGUUCCUCCAACCAAUGAACCAAAGGUGCCUCCAACGAAUGAACCAAAGGCGCCUCCAACGAAUGAACCAAAGGUGCCUCCAAAGAAUGAACUAAAUGUGCCUCCAACGAAUGAACCAAAGGUUCCUCCAACGAAUGAACCAAAGGUGCCUCCAACGUCGGAACUAAAUGUGCCUGCAACGUCAGAACUAAAUGUUCCUCCAACCAAUGAACCAAAGGUGCCUCCAAAGAAUGAACUAAAUGUGCUUCCAACGAAUGAACCAAAGGUGCCUCCAACGAAUGAACCAAAGGUGCCUCCAACGAAUGAACCAAAGGUGCCUCCAACGUCGGAACUAAAUGUUCCUCCAACGAAUGAAUCAAAGGUGCCUCCAUCCAAUGAACCAAAGGUGCCUACAACGAAUGAACCAAAGGUGCCUGUAACGAACGAACCAAAGGAGCCUCCAACCAAUGAACCAGAGGUGCCUCCAAAGAAUGAACUAAAUGUGCUUCCAACGAAUGAACCAAAGGUGCCUCCAACGAAUGAACCAAAGGUGCCUCCAACGAAUGAACCAAAGGUGCCUCCAACGUCGGAACUAAAUGUUCCUCCAACGAAUGAAUCAAAGGUGCCUCCAUCCAAUGAACCAAAGGUGCCUACAACGAAUGAACCAAAGGUGCCUGUAACGAACGAACCAAAGGAGCCUCCAACCAAUGAACCAAAGGUGCCUGCAAUGAAUGAACCAAAGGUGCUUCCAACGAAUGAACCAAAGGUGCCUCCAACGAGUGAACCAAAGGUGCCUCCAAUGAGUGAACCGAAGGUGCCUCCAACGAGUGAACCAAAGGUGCCUGCAACGUCUUCACCAGAUGUCAUACCAACGCAACCAAAAUCCAGUACAGAUGUAACGCCCGAGCUAUCAUAUUUCCUGUGCAAAAAAGAUAAACGUCACUGUUACUCUGGAGAGAAACUUGAAUCUGUUGUUAAGCUGGUGGUGUCGAUAUGUGCUUGUUCCAACAAACAGAUAUCGACAGAUAACCCGGUGGAAUGCACAAUUGAUAACGGCUUACAUGGUUUGAGUUCAACGAUGACAACUGCAAUGGACAGAUUGUGUGAGACUAUUGGUGAAAUCUACGAUAAGUUUGAAGAGAUGGGGGAUUUAGAAGAAGGGAUUGAUGAUGAUAAUAAAUUAGAUAAGAAAGUGCCAGUAAUCGUUGAUCUUCAUAGAGUUAAUGAAGAAUUACCGAACACCGAAGAACAUGCAACUGUUGGCAUGCAACCAAUUAAUAUAAAGACUAAUUUCCCGCCAGAUUCAAUUAACAUUGAAAAACAAGUCAAUGUUCAACUUGUAGAGCAAAAAGAAAAAAAGAAAACCAACAAUCAGUUGGAACGUAAGACAGAAGAAAAUACUAUAGUGAAUGAGCGAACUGAAGCAAUAAAUAAUUUAUCUAAUAGCUCUCGGCAAGGUACGCCAACUAACGAAGAGCAAAAUUUGAUAAAUGAAUCUAUAGAUAAUGGUAACAAUAUGAAUCCGCCUAAUAAAGCCCAGAAUUCUAAAAGUUACCCUGGAAAUGAAAACGAAGUACUCAAUAAUCCACAAAACAUACCAAAUCUAACAUUAGACAAGUUUAGAAAAAAACAACAACAUUUAUCAAAUGAGCAUUCAGGAAAUGAAUUUAAAGAGUUAAAACAGCAUACGUCACAUAGCACGGUUAAUCGCUCAAAUAAGAAUUUUGACAAUAACUCUGUAAGUUCUCCUAAAAAUAGAAAUAUAUUACCCAAUGAUGCACAAAACAUUCCAAAUGGAAUCAAUGGAAAUACAGAAGACAAAUCCGGAAAUAAAAAUGUAAAUAAUACUGAAAUAAGCUUGCAAAAUGGAAUGUUGGGAAAAGGAUCUAAUAAUUCUACACAAAAUAAUUUAAAUGGAGAGAAUUUAACAACAGGAAUGGGAACAAAUAAAACUGGUUCUACCACAGAGGGUCCAGUCAAGCGUAAAAAACAGCCAAAAAAUAAAACGGUCAAUAUUGACAGUAGACAAGCUGAUGACCCGGAUCCAGACGUUAAAGAGAAGCCAGCUCAGCAGUAUUCUUUGGAAACAGUCAUAGUAAUGACAGCCUGCGGGUUUGCUUACGGCACUCUUCUCGCUGUCAUCAUCAGGAUGACUUACACGCGAUGCAGGAGGCGAGGACACGAUUUCAACCAUUCGAGGGCGUGACGGAAAAUGUAUAAAUGAAUGUAACUUUUGUAUGAAAGUGUGUUAAAUGUAAUGAAUAAGAAUAGUGGCUGCUUAAAGUUUUUUUGUAGAAAAGUAUCAUUUGUUUCAAUACGGCAUUUGUUUACUUUAUUUUUGCGUCGUGCAAAUACUUACAAUCUGGUUUUUUCUAGUAUAGUUUAAGUUUUGAGAAACAAUAAUAUGUAUGUAUGCACUAUAUUAAGUAGCACAAUUGAUAUAAAAAUUAACAACUUCAUAGUUUUAUCAUAAUUCGUUGAGUAUGCUGUAUAUGUGGAUCUUAUAGAAUAAAUAACAAUACAUGUUUUAUAACCAAGUAUGUAUUAUUUUUUUUUAAACGUGAAAAUAAACAUAAAAUUACCUAUA